UGGUGGCCAGUGUAUAUAUGACUGCUACAAAAGUCAAAAGGUUAGGACUUUCUUAUUUAGUGAGAUUCAACAGAAAAGAAUGUGAGCCUGACUAAGCUGUGAUUUUUUUUUCCCAUAGUGACCACAGUGUUUAAGGGAAGCUAAGAGGUUUCCCAGGCCAGGGAAAUUGAAAGCUAUGAACAAAACUGGGAGGAGGCCUGGCUAUUUCAGCACUCCUCACCCGAGGGAGACAGCACAGUGAGAGACACCCAGUGCUGCUCAAGAAGUGAAACAACUCUGAGAGUGUCCUAACCACUGGUGUCUUCAUUUAUACCCCAUUUUUCACUUUCUCAGUUACUGAAUUAUCUGCCUACCUACUCAAACCAAGCAGGCCACUUCUGUUGUUGAAGAUCUCAGCACCUGUACAUUGCUGCCGAAAUUCCAGGGAGUAUAACCAACAACUUGAAAGAUGGAGAAUGAAUAUAAGAGACUUGUUCUGCUGGAAGGACUUGAAUGUAUCAAUAAGCAUCAAUUCAAUUUAUUUAAGUCAUUGAUGGUCAAAGAUUUAAAUCUGGAAGAAGACAACCAAGAGAAAUAUACCACGUUUCAGAUUGCUAACAUGAUGGUAAAGAAAUUUCCAGCUGAUGCUGGAUUGGACAGACUGAUCAACUUUUGUGAACGUGUACCAACUCUUAAAAAACGUGCUGAAAUUCUUAAAAAAGAGAGAUCAGAAGAAGAAACAUCACUGGAAAUAAAUAGGCAAGAAGCAAGUCCUGCAACACCUACAUCAACUACAAGCCACAUGUUAGCAUCUGAAAGAGGCAAGACUUCCACAACCCAGGAAGAGACUUCCACAGCCCAGAAAAGGAAAGGUAUGAGUGAAGAAAAGACUGACGUGAAGAAGAUCAAGGCAUCUGGGAAAGCAGAUCAGCCUCCCUGUUGUGAAGGACCCACAGCCACAUGCCAGUCACCAAUAUCCCAGGUCUCAUCUUCGGCUUCAUCUAACAUUCCUUCGGCUAAGAACCAAAAAUCACAACCCCAGAACCAGAACAUUCCCAGAGGUGCUGUUCUCCACUCAGAGCCCCUGACAGUGAUGGUGCUCACUGCAACAGACCCGUUUGAAUAUGAAUCACCAGAACAUGAAGUAAAGAACAUGUUUCAUGCUACAGUGGCUACAGUGAGCCAGUAUUUCCAUGUGAAAGUUUUCAACAUCGAUUUGAAAGAGAAGUUCACAAAAAAUAAUUUUAUCACCAUAUCCAAUUACUUUGAGAGCAAAGGCAUCCUGGAGAUCAAUGAGACUUCCUCUGUGUUAGAGGCUGCUCCUAAACAAAUGAUUGAAGUGCCCAACUGUAUUACCAGAAAUGCAAAUGCCAGUCCUAAGAUCUGUGAUAUUCAAAAGGGUACUUCUGGAACAGUGUUCUAUGGAGUGUUUACAUUACACAAGAAAAAAGUGAAAACACAGAACACAAGCUAUGAAAUAAAAGAUGGUUCAGGAAGCAUAGAAGUGGUGGGGAGUGGACAAUGGCACAACAUCAACUGUAAGGAAGGAGAUAAGCUCCACCUCUUCUGCUUUCACCUGAAAAGAGAAAGAGGACAACCAAAGUUAGUGUGUGGAGACCACAGUUUCGUCAAGGUCACCAAGGCUGGGAAAAAAAAAGAAGCAUCAACUGUCCAGUGAAGCACAAAAAAUGAAGAAGAAAAUGAUUACCCAAAAGUUGGAAUUAAGGUAGAGAUGCCAAAAUAGAAAUGUCACCUCUAAAUGACAGCUUUAGUAGUAUAUCCAACCAUUGAUUAAUCUUCAUACCUGAUUUCUGAUUUUGUGUUUUCAUUUGAAAAAAAUUCUUAUUGUUCUGUUUUUCUAUGAAAAUAAAAUUUGAUUUCAUUUCUCUACUGUAAAAAUAAUAAACAUGUCUUUUUAAAGGGACAUCAUUACAAAGUG